CUCUCUUUUGUUGGAUUCUGUUCACAAAGAUCAACACCGGAGGAGACAUUCUAUAAUUUUGAGUGAAAACUUCUGUAGAGUAGGAAAGGAAAGGAACAGAGGGAGGACAUACAAAAAGCCAAUGGCAACCCAGACUCUUCUCUCAUCAAUGGAGGCUGGAAGACAACUUCUAGGAGGAAGGCCCCUUCAAUCCACUCCCUCGCGAUCUUUUGGGUCUCCAAGAAAGGCCUCCUUUGUUGUUAGAGCAGCCUCCACACCCCCAGCAAAGCAAGGAGCAGACAGACAGCUAUGGUUUGCAUCCAAGCAGUCCCUCACCUACUUAGAUGGAAGCCUCCCCGGCGACUACGGCUUCGACCCGCUCGGCCUGUCGGACCCCGAGGGCACCGGUGGAUUCAUCGAGCCCAAAUGGCUAGCCUAUGGCGAGGUCAUCAAUGGAAGGUACGCCAUGCUCGGUGCAGUUGGUGCAAUUGCACCCGAGAUCUUGGGCCAGCUCGGCCUAAUUCCGGCGGAGACCGCCCUCCCGUGGUUCAAGACCGGAGUCAUCCCCCCGGCAGGGACCUACAACUACUGGGCUGACCCCUACACCCUCUUUGUGUUUGAGAUGGCCCUCAUGGGGUUCGCCGAGCACCGGCGGUUCCAGGACUGGGCCAAGCCAGGCUCCAUGGGGAAGCAGUACUUUCUGGGGCUUGAGAAGUACUUGGGUGGAUCCGGGAACCCUAUAUACCCUGGAGGUCCCUUGUUCAACCCUCUGGGGUUUGGGAAGGAUGAGAAGUCCAUGAAAGACUUGAAGCUUAAGGAGGUGAAGAAUGGGAGGUUGGCCAUGCUGGCUAUCGUGGGGUACUUUGUUCAGGCCCUGGCGACUGGGGUGGGGCCCUACCAGAAUCUGUUGGACCACUUGGCUGACCCGGUCAACAACAACAUCUUGACCAGCCUCAAGUUCCACUAAGAUUACGGUUUUGGACUAUUGGUCUGAGACUGGUGUUACUCUCUCUGUUUGCGUGGUGACAUUUAAUUUUGUGAAGGCUUUGUGAAUGGUGUAUCAUUAGCUGCGGACAUGUUGGAAAAACUGUAACCUAUGUAGUUAUGAUCCUGAUCUCUGUUAAUUAAUAAGUUGCAGAACUUGUGAUUAAAUGGAACUUUGGAUUGGAGGAUA